UGCAUUCACUUAUCAUGUCCCUACAUAAUUAUACAUGUAUGAAAUAGUGCUUUUUCCCCCUUUCUGCAUCACUGCUUUUUCUCAGUCUGGAGAAAAAACGUAAAGCUAACGCCUUCUCUAUGCUUUUUAUUAUCAUUCAAUUAACCUACAAGUGUUAAGCUACAAGUGCUAAGCUUUCUUUUCUUUUCUUCAUAUCCCCCUAUAUUUGAUCCUUUUCUUCCUUGUUCAGCUUCGACAUAUGCCUAUUAAAUUACAUGAUGAAGAGUAGCCAUGAAAGAGAGAGGCAAAGCUGUGGAAGUAUACAACAACAACAACAACAACAUUGAUUUCUUCCAAGACUAUACCACUUCAUUGGAUGUUGUUCCCUGUAGGAGACAUCCACAAUCAUCUUUUGCGGGUGUGUGCGCGUAUUGUCUCAAGGACCGUUUGAUCAACUUGGUUUGCUCAGAGUGUGGCGAGCAGCGUCUCUCGUCUUGCUCGUGCUCCGAAAUCGCCACCAACCCUCGGAAUUCAUGCACCGGUGGUGAAGUAGGCAGCGUUGGUCGGGUCUCGUUCUUGAUAGAGAAUGAAAACAAGGAACAAGAAGUUCCGAACCCCAAGGGAAAAAGCAGUAGUAGUGGGAAUAAUACCAAGUCAGAAGAUAUUUUCUUGCUCGAGAGAAGCAAUAGCAGUUGUGUUGAGAUCAAGAAAAAGAAUGGAUUCUGGAGAAUUGGGAGGUUUUUCAAGAAGAAGAGGGACAAAGAGACUAACUGUGGGAAGAGUGUGUGUGGGGUUGAUGAGAAAAGUGAUUUGUGGCUGGUUGAUUACAUGGGGGUGUCAAGGUCAAGGUCUCUUUGCAGUUUCAGAGGUGGUGGGUUCUUUGGAUCAGAAGAUGGAAGUGAGUUGAUGAACUUUUCUGGUGCAAGGAGCUCCAUUUCAGCCGCUCGGAGUUCCGGUGUCAAUGGCGGUUUGGUUUAUGAUCCUGACAGGAAAAGUGGGUUUAGUGAAGCAGAACCAAGGAGAGGUGGUUUUGAUAGUGAAAGAAGAGACAGUACUUUUAUAGAGUCUGAUAUUGCAGACAUUAGAGCCGUUAGAAAAAGUGGCCUCAGCGGUGGCGGAGGUGUAAUGGAUUUCGAUGGUGGUUUUAGUGGUGCAAACAGGCGGGUGUUCUCUUUGAAAGAGAGCUAUUUUAAUGGUGGGGAUGAUUCAGGCUUCAUUGACUUGAAAUUUGAUUUUCAAACAGAAUCUAAAGGGGAUAUUCCUAGUAUGAAGAAGGGUGUUUUGUCUGGUUUUGGCAACAUGAGAGAAGGUGAUGAAUUUGGGCCAUAUAAAUCCAGUAGUUCCAUUGAAAAUGCACUGCCAAUGUCUGGAAAUGGAGCUUUUAGGAAUGGGAGUUCAUAUCAGAUGACAAUGGAUGAAAGAAGAAUAAAAAAGAGUAAAAUAAUUUUCAAGGGAUGGCGGUGGAUUUCAAAGCUCCAUUAAAAUUGGACCAACCCAGGGAAGAAAAAUGAAACAUUGAAGCCCCUCUCACGGUGGUUGAACUCACAAUUGGUCACCAUCAACCUCUCAAAUUUCAGUCUUAUGUUUUUCCUUUGUUCAUUUUCAUAUGUAAUUUUCUUCACAUACUUUCUCAUUUCUCAUCCUUUUGUUUAAGCCUUUCAAGUUGAUCAAAUCAUUAAACAUGAUUUUCAGAAA